AUGGGAUGGCUGCACGUAGAAAAACCCGCGGCUCUCCUAGCGAAGGAGUUCUCAGGGGUCGUAAUUCGCUCUGCGGAGGAAGGCUUAGGGGAGCGUCGCCUCAGGGGGUCGGGGGGGUAUGAAUGGUGGACAUUUGAACUGGAUAAAACUCGGAAGUUGCAAUGCAAACUUAGGCGUGCUUGGCAGAGUAAAAGGCGUCUGGGAGGUAGGUCUGAGGAGUUAGCCAGGAUGGCUUUCCAUAGUGUGCGUGCGAGAUAUAGGAAAAUGAUGGUGGAGGCGCAGCAGUCGCAGCACAGGAAGAUUGCCAACGCUGGCAAUGAGGACCCAUGGGGCUUUGCAUACAGGCUCUCCAGCGGCAGGGUACGUCCGCCUGCAAAUGUGAUCAAUGGGAUCGCCUUUGCGGGUGUACACCCGGACGGUCUGGAAGCAGCGAUGCAUAAAUUAAUGUCUGCGCUCUGUCCGGAUGACAGCACUGACUGCGACUCGCCUUAUCACCGGCAGGUUUGUCUGCUGGCGGCUUUCAUGCCGUCGGGUGGAGCUGCGCCUCCACUUAAGGUUGAGGAACUGGGUGGUAUAGUUAAGGCCUUGCCCAACACGGCUCCGGGACUCGAUGGAAUAUCUCCGGGCGCCUUCGACAAUGCCUGUUGGCCGAUGAUGAUGGUCAAGGCCAAAAGGGGUGGAUGUCCACCCAACAUUUAUAGAAUGUUUGUGGACUACUUCACCUCCAGGCGUGUGGGCCUCUACAUCGGAGACCGGGUAGAGUGGAAGACGUCGACCAUGGGAUGUCCUCAAGGCUCCGUGCUGGGCCCAACACUGUGGAAUGUGCUGAUGAACGACCUGCUCCGACUCCCUCUGCCCGAGGGAGUAGCCAUGACUGCCUAUGCCGAUGAUGUUACAAUCUUGAUUGUAUCGGGAACGAGAGCGGGUAUCGAAUCCAGGGCCAGAGUCACUCUGGACCUUGUACGGGAGUGGGGGCUAAGGAAUCGACUGGAGUUUUCCUCCUCAAAGUCGACCACCAUGACUGUUAGAGGGAAACUUCAGCGCCCCCCCGUUAUUAAACUAGGUGGGGAAUCUAUUACGACUGUGACUAACGUUAAGGUAUUAGGCGUGGUUUUAGACUCGGGACUAUCGUUUGUGCAACAUGCAUCCGAUAUCUCUGAAAGAGCGACCAAGGGAUUCGGCAAGAUGUCUCGCGUAUCUACAUCAUCAUGA